AGAAGGACGGCUGGAAGAAGACUACCGAAUAAACACUCGGAGUUGUAUGGGCUAAGAACGCCUGCAGACUAGAGAUAUUUCUCCGUCUGAGGAAGAACAAAGUCAUAUAACUUUGCCUUCACUUGAGUCUGGAUGUAAGCUGAGCUCUAACUGCUCAGUAACUGUUACAAGAACAUCUGAAGAGAAGCUGACUACAGAGAUGUGGAGACAGCAGCUCAAACGGAGGCAUUGUGCAGCAGUGGGAGAGAUUUCCGAAACGGUUAAAAAAGAGGAUGAAGAAUUUAAUCUUCAUCACAACAUCCUGGAGGCUGAUCUCAACCCCAAAGUUCUGCUGCAUAAAUUAGAUGUUAAGCAGAUGCUGAUGGUUAAAGAAGAAGCUCAUGUAGACCACAUACCUUGUGCUGACCUGCAUGACUCAAGGCUCCACCAUAUAAAGGAGGAACAGGAGGAAGUCUGCACCAGUCGGGGGGGAGAGCAGUUCAAUGGGAAGGAGGAGAUUGAUGCCAUCAGUCUUCCAAUCACUGCUACUCCCAUGCAGAGUGUGAAUGAUGAACAGUCGCCUCUGCUCUCACAGCUUUAUCCAGAACAAAUUAAUGGCAGAGAACUUUCAGAAGAGAACAGUGGAGAAGAAUCCAUCAGGAUAAAAGUUCAUGGAGAUGGUUCCAUAGCCUUAAAGACUGAAGGCACUAAGAAGGAUGAGGAGAGCAAUAAACUGAAACACUCGGGCUCUGGACUGAAAACUAAGAACAUGGACAAUGACUGGGAGGAGAGCAGAGCUCAUGAGUCAAAUGAAAACACUGAUAACAAACCCUUUAGCUCUUCUGAGUUUGCCCAUCACUUUUUUCAGAAAGACAUGAUUAAUUUAAAAGAAGCGUCUUCAAGUUUGCUGGAUAGCUGUGAAGACUGUGGCAAAACAUUUAUUGGAAAUAAAACUUUGAACACACACAUGAGAGUCCACACAGGACAGAAACAUUUCUGCUGUGAUUUAUGUGGAAUAAGAUUUAGCCGAAAAGCACAUUUAAACAGGCACAUGAGAAUCCACACAGGAGAGAAACCUUUUUGCUGUGAUUUAUGUGAAAAAAGAUUUAGCCAAAAAACACAUUUAAACACACACGUGAGAAUACACACAGGACAGAAACCUUUCUGCUGUGAUCUAUGUGGACAAAGAUUUGGCCUUAAAGCACAUUUAAACACGCACAUGAGAAUCCACACAGGAGAAAAUUCUUUCUGUUGUGAUUCAUGCGGACAAAGAUUUAGCCGAAAAGCAGGUUUAAAACUGCACAUCAGAAUCCACACAGGAGAGAAACCUUUCUGCUGUGAUCUAUGCGAACAAAGAUUUAGCCACAAAACAGAUCUAAACAGACACAUGAGAAUCCACACUGGAGAGAAACCUUUCUGUUGUGAUCUAUGUGGCCAUAGAUUCAGCAGAAAAUUUACAUUAAACACACACAUGAGAAUCCAUACAGGACAGAAAACUUUCUGCUGUGAUCUAUGCGGACAAAGAUUUAGCCAAAACACAGAUUUAAACAGACACAUCAGAAGCCACACAGGAGAGAAACCUUUUUGUUGUGAUCUAUGUGGACAGAGAUUCAGCAGAAAAUCUACUUUAAACAGACACAUGAGAAUUCAUAGAGGCGAGAAACCUUUCUGCUGUGAUCUAUGCGGACAUAAAUUUAGCCAAAAAGCACAUUUAAACACACACAUGAGAAUCCACACAGGACAGAAACCUUUUUGUUGUGAUCUAUGUGGACAAAGAUUUAGCUUAAAACAAAAUUUAAACACACACAUGAGAAUCCACACAAGACAGAAACCUUUUUCUGUCACACUGGAAUCCAUACUUGAGGAAAAAUGGCUAAGUUAUGAAUAGUCAAACGGCGCAGCUGCAGUUGGCUGUUAAAUAUUUCUGUUGUCAUUAAAGGCAACAGUCUUCACUCAUUGGUUUCAGCAUUACUCUAGUCUAAAUUUUGUUUCUGGAGGUAAACCAAUUUCUUAGAGAAGUUAAUGAGUGGUGUUGGGACCCCAGACAUGGGGACCACAUGAAUGGCCAGUAAGAACUUUUCUGGAACUUUUGAAAUAAAUCGCAUCAACCUACUUCCAGCACAGCCAGGAACAGGGAAUAACAGCGGACGUUCCGUUACGUCACUGUCCGUAUAAAAACCCCACUUUUGCAACAAACAGACCUCUUCCACGCAGGUCCCCAGAGGAACUGGACGGAGGGACACAGCGCGCUAAUGUCUCUUUGCUGGCAAAUAGACACAACUCUUCAAACUGGAUCCAAGA